AUGGAAAUUCUCAUGAAUAACAGUGACGAGGACGGUAGUGCUACUUGGGACCUUCCUUCGGACGAAGAUCCCGAUGUAUCAGGAUUUACUCCUGAUUCUUCAACACCAGGAGGAACGUUGCCAGAAAACUCUUGUUCUGAAAUUGAAAAACGAAGAUCAAGUGGUACACCCAACUUCCUCACGAAAAAACAGAAAAAAAACUCCAGGGUAUUAUAUCCUGGUCUCUGUAAAGACGAGGAUAUGCUAGCACGAAGAAUGGCACUGUCUAUGUUGACUGAUGUAGCUGAAGAAGCUGAUGUUAAAUUUUAUACUUCUCAUGUUGUACCCAUUUUGGAGAAGUUACUGGAAGAUAAGGCUCCCUCUUGGUAUGAGUGUACUCUUGGAGAAGUAUACGAGCACAAAUCAACCAUCAGUUACGGUGCUGACGUAACACAUCCGAACUAUCGGGACACAGUUGCGAAUAUAGAGAAGCUAGUGGCAGAAGAAAGGAAGUACCUAGGUGAACUGUUUCAUCGUCUGUGUGAGGAUGAAGAUAUGCUAGUGCGAAGAAUGGCACUGUCCAUGUUGCCUGCUAUAGCUGAAGACGCUGAUGUCCAGUUUUUUGCUUCUCAUGUAGUGCCCAUUUUCGAGAAGGCCCUGGAAGAUAAGAUUGGUCUUCACUUGGAGGCGACACAGGCUUUAAUCGCUUUGCUUAAAGCUAAGAAACUAUCUGAUGAUGUAUACAGACAUCUUCUGCCAGCUCUGUAUAAAUACGCAGAGGAUUCAUAUUGGCAAGUUCGGUUCUUAAUUGCCAACAGCAUUAAUGAUGCUCCCACUUGGUAUGAGUGUACUCUUGGAGAAGUAUACGAGCACAAAUCAACCAUCAGUUACGGUGCUGACGUAACACAUCCGAACUAUCGGGACACACUUGCGAAUAUAGAGAAGCUAGUGGCAGAAGAAAGGAAGUACCUAGGUGAACUGUUUCAUCGUCUGUGUGAGGAUGAAGAUAUGCUAGUGCGAAGAAUGGGACUGUCCAUGUUGCCUGCUAUAGCUGAAGACGCUGAUGUCCAGUUUUUUGCUUCUCAUGUAGUGCCCAUUUUCGAGAAGGCCCUGGAAGAUAAGAUUGGUCUUCACUUGGAGGCGACACAGGCUUUAAUCGCUUUGCUUAAAGCUAAGAAACUAUCUGAUGAUGUAUACAGACAUCUUCUGCCAGUUCUGUAUAAAUACGCCGAGGAUUCAUAUUGGCAAGUUCGGUUCUUAAUUGCCAACAGCAUUAAUGAUAUUCACAACUCUGUGAGUUCAUUUAUCCUGCAAUCAAGCUGCUUCUCACUGAUGCUGAAGUUCUCAAGCGACGCAGAAACAAGAGUGCGCUCUGCGGCAGAUCGCUGGUUUGAAGGAUGUUUCAACUUUUUGGCGACAUCAAGUGAGGUCUAG